AAAUUCUCACACUACAACAGCUUAUUUUGCCCGCCACCAUUAAAUAAACCUUAAACCAUUAAAACCCUACUCCCUUUUUUCACACUCUCCUUGCUCAAAUUUCCAGUUGCUUUCGUUGCACCACCACACGGCUGUAGAAUUUACCGUCUAGGGUUUGGAUUUGUUGUGAAGCUGAGCUCAGUUGAAGCCCUAGGAAUUCUUGCUCUAAGACGUUUUCAGAAGAAGAUGUCUUGGGACAACGAGAUUGUGAUGCGUGAUGUUACUAAUGCGGGACUUGUAGUUAGUGACCGCAUUGGCCGUGACGUUGCUUCUCAAGUCGAUCUCGAAGACGCCUUGGAAGCUUCUAGAUAUGCCAGUCAUCCCUAUACCGCUCAACCCCGUGAGUGGCCUCCUUUGGUGGAAGUCGUGGAUUCUUGGGAGUUGCCUUCUGUAUUGAUUGAGAGAUAUAAUGCCUCCAGUGGGGAAGGAACUGCAUUAUGUGGAAUAUUCCCUGAAAUACACAGAGCUUGGGCAUCAGUGGACAACACAUUGUUUCUUUGGCGGUUCGAUAAGUGGGAUGGCCACUGUCCUGAAUAUAAUGGAGAUGAACAAGCUAUAUGUGCUGUUGCCCUAGCCAAAGUCAAGCCUGGAAUUUUCGUGGAGGCCAUCCAGUAUCUUCUGAUCUUGGCAACUCCUGUUGAGUUGAUCCUUGUAGGUGUAUGUUGUUCUGGGAGCAGCGACGGAACUGAUCCAUAUGCUGAGGUGUCACUUCAGCCAUUACCAGAUUAUACAAUUCCAUCUGAUGGAGUGACCAUGACAUGUAUCAGUUGCACAGACAGAGGUCACAUUUUCCUUGCUGGUCGUGACGGCCACAUUUAUGAAUUGCAAUACUCAACUGGUUCAGGGUGGCAGAAACGAUGCCGCAAGGUCUGUCUAACUGCAGGUGUCGGAAGUAUUAUAUCAAGGUGGGUGGUGCCAAAUGUUUUCAAGUUUGGAGCCAUUGACCCCAUUGUUGAAAUGGUCAUUGACAAUGAGAGACACAUCUUAUAUGCACGCACCGAAGAGAUGAAAAUUCAAGUGUUUUCUCUUGGAGCAAAUGGGGAUGGACCCCUUAGAAAGGUAGCAGAGGAGAGAAAUUUGAUAAAUCAGAGGGAUACUUAUGGUGGUAGGCAACCAGCAGGUUCAAGGGCUCCCAGAUCAGCCAAAACAACCAUUGUUUCCAUCUCACCGUUGUCUUCCUUAGAAUCAAAGUGGCUACACCUUGUUGCUGUUCUGUCAGAUGGCAGAAGGAUGUAUCUUUCCACCUCUUCUUCUGGUGGAAACAAUAGUUCUGCUGGAAAUUUCGGUGGUGUUAACCAUCAGAAGCCAAACUGCUUAAAAGUUGUAACGACUAGGCCGGCUCCUCCUCUAGGGGCAGGUAGUGGGCUUCCAUUUGGAGCUGUAUCUCUUGCUAGUAGAUCACAGAGUGAAGAUCUGUCAUUGAAGAUAGAAUCAGCUUAUUACUCUGCUGGGACUCUUUUCCUUUCUGAUUCAUCUCCAUCAACUGUUUCUUCUCUUCUUAUUGUAAAUCGUGAUUCAGGCUCUCAAUCUUCUUCUAGUAGUUUGGGAGCAGUUGCAAGGAGUUCCCGCCCACUUCGUGAAUUGGUGUCAUCCCUGCCAAUUGAAGGGAGGAUGCUUUUCGUGGCAGAUGUCCUACCUCUACCAGAUACAGCAGCGGCGGUGCAGUCACUUUAUUUACAGCUGGAAUUCUGUGGCUAUGAUAACUCAGGUGAAUCCUGUGAAAAAACCUCAGGUAAACUUUGGGCUAGAGGCGAUCUUUCAACCCAA